AAUUGUUUGUGCAAAAUGAGCCUCCCUUCAAGAAAAGCACAAGACGUGAUUAACAUCUACUGGAUAUAUACAAUAAAGAAUGGCUUAAAUGUUAUACAACUUGAAACAGCUGUUGGUUCUGCCAUAAAGAACUUUUCUGGAGCCCUUGGUAUCAAUGUUCCACGUAGCAGAUUCCUUCCUGUGAAAAAGACUUCUGAUCUACUUGUAGUAAUGUCAAAUUUGUUCACAUUAGUUGAUGGUUGUCUCAUACAAAACACUGAAAGAAGCAUUAGCUCCUUACCUUUAGUCAAACUUGGAGAUGAACACUUUCAAAAGGUAAGUAUUUUAAUGAUUUAA